CGCAGUGACGCCGCCGCCACUGCCGGUUCCGGCAGUUUCGGGCUCCCCGAUGGCCACGUCGGUGGAUUUUAAGAUUUAUGUAUACCAGGCAUGUAAGGCUGCUGAGGAAUUUGUCAAUAUUUACUAUGACACAAUGGACAAAAGGAGACGGGCACUAACCAGGCUGUAUCUGGACAAGGCCACUUUAAUCUGGAAUGGAAAUGUUGUUACAGGGCUGGAUGCCCUAAAUAAUUUUUUUGAGAUGUUGCCUUCUAGUGAGUUCCAGAUCAAUAUGUUAGACUGCCAACCAGUUCAUGAGAUACAAACGGAUUUCUUCUCUCUUUGUGUGGCUAAAGAGCAGGCUACCCAGUCCCAGUCCACAGUUCUUGUUGUAACCAGUGGAACUGUGAAGUUUGACGGAAACAAACAGCAUUUCAUUGCAAGUGAUUGCUUUCGUUUUCAAGAUUGGUCUAGCAGUUAAAGGGCAAAAAGUUCAUUCACCUUUGGUCCAUUAGUUCCAGCGACUGAAAUUUAUGUGGAUUAAUUCAUUUCAUUGUAGAAGCACUAUAAACUAGUAUGUACUGAAACUAAAUUUCCUUAAUAUUUUUUUAUUCUUAGCAGCACCUUUUCUAGCAGCUGCCAGUUUGGAUUGUUGCCCUUAAGAGCUUUAAUGCUAGUUUUCUACAUGCCUUAUGUACAUUCCACUAAUGACAUUCUUAUAGUAAUAUAAACAUAUGAUCUUGGUACUAACAUACUCACUGUGAAUUGUGCCUGUCGCAAAAAUGGAAUCCUUUUAUAAUACUAUCUAAGGGAUAUCAGCACAACAAAACUCUGGGAGAAAGUGGAGGUUUUUGUUUGUUUUGUUUUGGGUUAUUAGAUUAAUUUUGUAGGAAAACUAUGUCUGUUUUCAGAUCACACUGGUAAUAUAGUUUUAAUAUAUGGCUUUUCCAUAUAGGUUCAAUGAAAACUGUACAAAUUUAGGUUUGUGUAACUACUCUCACAUUGGAAUUAUAUAUAAAUAUCUUCAGUAGUCUUUUAAUGUUAAGAAGUUAUUAUUUAUGUUGGCAUGUUUUCUUGUGAAGUGAAUUAAUCAAGUAUAGAGAUGCAAAAUGUUCUCUUAUGUUCUUAGUUAAUAUCUUUGUAUUGAGCACAUUUGGUGACUUAAAAGCAAAGAUUUUUCUUGACAACUCUAGGUCUGUAAGUCUAGGUAACAAGUGAUAGUAAAACCAAUAGCUUUAAUAGAAGAAUAGGGAAUGAAAAAUGUAGAAAUCCGCGAUGAAAGACAAAACUAAGAGAGAUGGUUGAAUGAUAAAUUUUGGUACUUGUUUUCUACCUCCUAAAAAUGUAGCCUAUUUUUAGGGUUUAAAAUCACUAAGUUACUAACUAUCCUUGCCAAAUGAUCCUGUCAAUUUUGUUCUAAUUUUUUAAAGGUCUUUCAACCUCACCUCAUAUUUAUCAACAAAAUAUAUUUCAAGAACUUAUGGGGGUAAAAUAUCAGCAAUAAGCCUAUCCUUAUGACAAAGUCUAACAGGAAAGUUGGAAACAAAGCCAUUACUAUCUCUCUGUGAUACCCUGAACUAAGUCUUCCAUAUGAACUUUAGGCUCAGAGUUUCCUAUGUAUUACCCACACCCCAAAUAAGUGAUUUUUCCCUGUUUUAUGCUGUCUACUAUGUUGUCUUUAAUUGUGUAAAGUUAAAAUUAUUUAAGUUUACAAUUUGUUCUUCCAUAUGGCAUUAAGCAAAUAGAUCCAUUUUAAAAUAUUUUCCUGUCAUGUGGCUAACUCAUUGUCUUUUUAAAGGGAAAGUAGAGAAUAUUGGGUCUUCAUAAUAAACUUUAAGAAGAACAAAUUGAUUGACUUGAUGUCUCAGAUUCUGAAGUGAAAAAAAAACAACAUAGCUUUGGUUGUUAGUUAAACUUUAAAUGUUUUUCCAUUUUUAACGUUUUUAAGCUAGUUAUGCCAGCUGUGUUUUGCAACUAAAAGUUAAUGUUUCAUAUUUAAUUUAAAAACCAAUAAUUCAUUUACUCUUGCCCCAAACUAAAUAAUAUAUUUCUCAUGUACACACAAAAUAGAAUUAAAUAGAAAAAAGAGGUCAAACAGAACUUUAGAUCACAUUUUUUUGUAGUACUGAUAAAAACUUGCUCAUUAUAUUCUAUUCAAAGUGAGAUUCUUCCUAUUUUAGAAAACCACAGCUCCUGCAGCAACACUCAGAAUGUCCAAAUAUUGCCCUUCCCUUUAUGGAGAACAGUUUCAAGUAAAAGCUGCAUAUAAA